CAUUUUAACUUUGUAGGUGUUCUCUCUCUCUCUCUCUCUCUCUCUCUCUCUCUCUCUCUCUCUCCCAUUGGUUUGUCCAAUAUCCUUUCUCAAAUAAUGGAAAGAAACAAGUUGCAUAGGCAGGUUGCUCUCGCAAGGCAGUCUCUUUUUGAUCAGGGAUUUCUUGAUGAACAAUUUCUCCAGCUUGAGGAACUCCAAGAUGAUGCUAAUCCUAACUUUGUGGAAGAAGUUGUCACAUUGUACUAUAGGGAUUCAGCUAGAUUAAUCCUUAGCAUAGAGCAAGGAUUGGAGAGGCAUCCACUUGAUUUUAACAAGCUAGAUAGCCAUAUGCAUCAAUUCAAGGGAAGUAGUUCAAGCAUUGGAGCCAAAAAGGUCAAGGCCGAGUGCACUCUCUUUAGAGAAUAUUGCAGAGCAGGAAAUGGAGAAGGGUGCGCCAGGACAUUCCAACAACUCAAGAAAGAGUAUGCAACUCUGAAGAAGAAGCUCGAGUCUUAUUUUCAGCUAGCAAGGCAAGUCGGGCCUGCUGAGACUGCAUGCCGCCGCAAGUAAGAAAUUAGUAGGAGAAGGAAGAGACGUGGGGAUAUAGUUGAAAAUGUUUUUGAUACUGCCUGCCUACUAACCCACCAGUAAAAUGGAAGAGUUUGUAUUGGGUUUAGCAGGGCUACAGUAUGGUUUCACUUAUAAGCUAUGUAUUGAAUGGAAGUGAUGUGCAAAUUUUUUUGCUACUUAUUAAACUCCUUUUACAGAUUUUA